AUGGGUUCAUCAUGGAACAAGAUCGCAUCUCUUUUCCCAAAAAAAGAAGAAAUACGCGUACUUAUGUUUGGUCUCGAUGCAGCUGGUAAAACAACUGCUCUUUAUGUUAUGAAACUUGGUGAAGUUGUUACAACUAUACCCACGAUUGGUUUCAAUGUUGAAACGGUCGAGUUUCGAAAUAUUAAAAUGACAGCUUGGGAUGUAGGCGGUCGUGAUAAAAUUCGACCAUUGUGGCGUCAUUAUUAUCAGAAUACAGCUGCUAUUGUAUAUGUCAUCGAUUCCAACGAUCGAGAGCGAAUAAAUGAAGCUUGUGAAGAAUUACAUCGAAUGGCCAAUGAAGAUGAGCUCCGAACUCGACCGAUUCUAGUCUUGGCCAAUAAACAAGAUCUACCAAAUGCAAUGUCAGUCGAUGAAUUGCGUGAUAAACUUGGAAUGAAUAGAUUGAGUCGUGAUACGAAAUGGCACAUACAACCGACAAUAGCCACGCAAAAUGAAGGCAUUCGAGAAGGUUUCGAAUGGUUGGCAGACGCGAUCACGACCAAAAAAGUGGAUAUUUUAAAACCACUGAUCGAAACAGCGAAUGAUUAUAAAACGAUGAAAGACGAUCUUCUAUCAAUGCUCAGUCCGGUCAAUCUAAAAACAUUUUUAAGCAAAUUCGUUCAGUAUUGA